GUUGGGCGAGGCAGAUACUCUCUCUCACACAUACGCACAGUUGGCCGGGUGGGGAGAGAGAGAGGCCUCAGCUGUCGGUGCGCGCGUCUCGGGUGACCGUGUCUAAAACUGUACGGCUAAACGGCUGGAGUAACGGUCAGCGUUCAGCAGUCAUGGAUUUGGGGAAGCCGGAGACGCUGGUGAAGGAGCAGCAGCUGAAGGAUCAGUUCGAGAACUUGGAGAAGCAUACCCAGUGGGGCAUCGACUUUGUGGAGCGCUACACCAAAUUUGUCAAAGAGCGGUCAGAGAUCGAACUCAACUAUGCAAAGCAAAUCAGGAACCUGUCUAAGAAAUACCAGCCGAAGAAGAACGCCAAGGAGGAGGAAGAGAACAAGUACACGUGGUGUCGUGCGUUCUUUACCUCUCUGAAUGAGCUGAACGACUACGCCGGUCAGCAUGAGCUCAUCGCGGAGAACAUGACGUCACAGAUCAUCGCAGAGCUCACGCGAUACAUACAGGACCUCAAAUCAGAGAGGAAGUCUCAUUUCCAAGAUGGACGCAAAGCUCAGCAGCACAUUGAGAACAGCUGGAAGCAGCUGGAACAGUCUAAGCGGAAUUUCGAGAGGGCUUGUAAGGAGGCGGACAGAGCGCAGCAGUAUUUUGAGAAAAUGGACGCUGAUAUCAAUGUGACGAAGGCCGACGUGGAGAAGGCGAGGCAGCAGGCUCAGUUGAGACACCAGAUGGCGGCUGACUGUAAGAGCGAGUAUUCCAACUACCUGCAGAAAUUUAACCAGGAACAGACCGAACAUUACCACACACUCAUCCCCAACAUCUUCCAGAAGAUCCAGGACAUGGAGGAGAGGAGGAUCGAGAGAUUGGGGGAAUCCAUGAAGACCUUUGCUGAGGUGGACAGACAGAUUCUACCCAUCGUGGGGAAAUGCCUGGACGGCAUGACCAAAGCGGCCGAGAGCAUCGAACCCAAGACUGACUCUGCGCAGGUGGUGGAAUCGUAUAAAUCGGGGUUCGAGCCCCCGGGCGAUGUCGAGUUUGAAGACUACGGUCAGGCAAUGAAAAGGACGGCAUCGGAAACCAGUCUGACGAACUCUCGCCCCGAAGGCAAGGCAGACAAAUCCAGCAAGGGCAAGAGCAAACUCUUCUUCUUCAAGAAGAACAAGCUUAUGUCCCUGUUAACGUCCCCUGCACCUCGCCAGCCCCCCCCAGAACCCCCCUCACCUUCUGCUGUGACCCCUGACCCCUGCCCCACCCCCCAGACCCCCAAACAGCCCAAGGAGGCCCUAUCGCACCGCUUCAACGACCUCAUGACCUCCAAGCCCAAAAUGCACUGCCUAAGGAGCCUGCGGCGCGGGCUCUCUCUCAAGCUGGGUGCGAAUCCGGAGGACUUCAGUCACCUGCCUCCAGAGCAGCGGAGGAAGAAACUGCAGGCGAAGAUCGACGACAUCAACAAAGACAUACAGAAAGAGAUGGACCAGAGGGACGCGUUGACAAAAAUGAAGGACGUGUAUGUGAAGAACCCCCAGAUGGGAGACCCUAGCAGUGUAGACCCCCGCCUUGCAGAGAUCGGCCAACACAUCGACAAACUACAGGCCGAGCUGCAGAAAUUUGAGGGCUGGUUAGCGGAGGUGGAGGGCAGAAUGCCGACGAGAAGUGAAUCUUCUCACAGACAGAGUGCCGUUUAUGAGACACAGAAUAGCACGCCGCCCACCAACAACAGCUGCGCUCAGGACCGAGAAAGUCCGGAUGGCAGCUACACCGAGGAGCAAAGCUCUGAGCUCCAGCCGAAAGUUCAGACCGACCCGGAAUUUGACGAGUUUGAAGAAGAAAUGCUGCCCACCAUCGGAACCUGCAAAGCUCUCUACCCGUUUGAAGGUCAGAAUGAGGGCACUCUGGCGCUGGUGGAGGGGGAGGUGCUGUUUGUGAUUGAGGAGGAUAAAGGAGACGGCUGGACACGCGUUCGGCGGAACGAGGAAGAAGAGGGUUACGUUCCCACGUCCUAUGUAGAAGUCUUCCUCGACUCCAACGCCAAAGGCUUCUAUCUGUAGGAUUAGAGUUUGUGUACAACCCGUUCCAGAGGGUGAGAAUGACUGCAUCUGUGUGAGGCUACUUUACUAAAAACACUUGUGUGGCAUCUUAAAGGGAUUUCUGAAUUUGUGCAGGACUCCAAACUUCUAUGCUCAGUGAUUACACUAGAAUCUAAGGGCACUUUCACACCUUCCUUGUUUGGUGUGGACCUAUCAAAGCUUUUUUUUAGUUCGGUCCGUUUUGACAGGUGUGAACACUCCAUAAAACAACUGAAUCAUAAUCCUCUUCCAGAUUAACCCUGCUGGUGGGCUCACAUUUCUGUCAUGGUCUGCACCAAACGAGGGAAUUCAACAUCUGAGCAUGUCUUUGCCUGCUUUUUCAGUGCUGUACUGUCCACAUAAUCUGCCUAUUUUAAACGUUUGACCGUUGAUGGACGCUCAUAUUGUUCCUGCAGCACAAUCCCGCUACUAAAGCAAUAAAAAUAAUAACAAAGAAAUGCCUUUGAUUUUGGCCCAUGAAUCAUUAAAUGUACCAGCAACCUGACUGAUGACGAUAUUGGUAAACCACUCAUAAGGAAAACAGCCUAAGGCCCCGUUCACACUUGGCAUUAAUAUGCAUUCUGGGUGAUCUGAUCAUAAGUGGGCAGCGCUAAGAGUGUGAACGGGCUACAAUGCAUCCUGGAAACACGUGAUUCGAUCACCCAAACCACCUUUGAAAGUGGUCAGGGAUGCAUAUGACCACUUGACGUUUACAGUGUGAAUGCUAAGGCUAAGUUCACAUUACAAGCCUCAUUGCUCAAAUCCGAUUUUUUGCUCAGAUCCAAUUUCUCUGUAACGAUGAUUCACACUUGUUUAGGUAUCUGAUUCAAGUCUGUCAUUAAUG